AUGGCGAACGCCGCGCUCAAGCCCGACAAGGACUUUACCAAGGAGGUCGACCAGCAGAUUCCCCAAGCAGAGUUGCUUGCUAAGAACAAUCUUCAAGGGGCUAUUGAGCAGCUCGCUCUUCUCGAGAAGCAAACACGACAGGCUUCCGACCUUGCCUCGACAUCCCGACUCCUCAUCGCCAUUGUUACUCUGUGCAAGACUGCUGGUGACUGGGAUCUUCUCAGCGACCAAGUAACCAUCCUGUCCAAGAAGCAUGGACAACUCAAGCAAGCCAUCCAGAAGAUGGUACAGGCCGUCAUCGACUUCCUUGGAGACAUAUCAAGCAUUGACAGGAAGGUUCAAGUCAUCGAGACACUGCGGACCGUAACCGAGGGCAAGAUCUUCGUCGAAGUUGAGCGUGCCCGUGUUACCAAGAUUCUCUCGGACCUGAAGAAGGACCACUAUGGCGAUGUCAAAGCGGCGCGUGAUAUCCUGUGCGAGCUGCAGGUCGAGACUUUCGGCUCCAUGGACCGGAAAGAGAAAACGGAGUUCAUCCUUGAUCAGGUCGCUCUCUGCAUCCAGACACAAGAUUGGAAUCAAGCUGGCAUCCUAAGCCGGAAGAUCAGCACGAAGUACCUGCAGAGCGCCCCAGAUGCAACGCCUCUGAAACUCAGGUAUUAUGAACAGCAGGUUAUCCUGGCCAAGAGCGAAGACAGAUAUCUGGAUGCAUGCAAGCAUUACAGGGAGGUCCUUGAGAUCCAGUCGGUCCAAGAUGAUCCAACUCUUUUCAAGGCUACUCUGUCGCGCAUCAUAUACUUUGUCAUCCUCGCACCCCACGACAACGAGCAACACGACUUGAUGCACCGAAUCAAGGCGGACACUCGCAAUGCCCAAGUCCCUCUUGAGGCUAAACUGCUCGAGGAGUUCACAGUCCAGGAGCUCAUGCGGUGGCCCAAUGUGGAGCAAAUAUACGGGCCUCAUCUUUGCGAGACAGACAUUUUUGACGCCCAGCUUGGCUCCUCUUCCGACCCCAAGGCCAAUCAGCGAUGGCAGGACCUCCGCAAGCGCGUCAUCGAGCACAACGUUCGCGUCAUUGCCAAGUACUAUACUCGCAUCCGAAUGGACCGUCUGACGCAGCAUCUCGAUCUCUCCGAGGACGAGACUGAGAAGUAUAUCAGCGAGCUUGUCACUUCGAAGAUGGUGUACGCUCGGAUCGACCGCCCUGCCCGCAUUGUCAGUUUCGCGCAGCCACGGAGCGUUGACGACAUUUUGAAUGAGUGGAGCUACAACAUGAAGGAUCUUCUUAGCCACCUCGGCAAAAUCGAGCACCUCAUUACCAAAGACGAGAUGAUGGCUAGCAUCCAGCCCUCGGGUAAAAAGGCUGCGACAAAGGACCGUGGUAGGAGGACAGGCGGGAAGGUCUCAUCCUCCGUUGAGUUGCCACAUUCUCAAGGUGGAAUUGCGCACAGCACUGUUGCCGAGGAACUUCAUGCCGCCCCGGAAGCCGACGUCCCAGCUGCUAAUAAACGGGAUGCGGCACAUGGCAUUCCAGAGAACCGAGCUGUGCCCGAACCGCCGCGUGUGCCGAAUCCUAACUUCAGCUGGUCGCCGCCACGUGUGCCGAAUCCUAACUUCACCUCGCCAGCCCGUGACUUCUCGGCUGAGUUCUCCCGAUGUUUCCACGCCAUCUACGUCACGACUUCCUACUGCGUCUGCAAGAAGUGUCUACGUAUGCGAUUCGAGAAUGGAUACAACUGGGCGGAGCAGCUCAACAAGCACUGCACGGCCAUGGCUGGUGACCAAGUCGCGGCGGCCUCUGCUGGCCCCGCGGACCCAAAGCCGAAGGAUAACGCACUGAGGGAGGUCAAGAUCUUGAUGCUUCAUGGAUACACUCAAUCCGGACCUCUUUUCCGCGCCAAAACCCGCGCCCUGGAGAAGCUGCUCGCCAAGUCCCUCGCGCCCAUGAAGCUCCAACCCACGCUCUUCUACCCCACCGCGCCCUCGCGGCUCAGCCCCCGGGACAUCCCCGGGUACCAGCCGUCCAACGCCGAGGCGCCCGAGGGCGGCGCGGACUCGGAGAUGGAUGCGUGGGCCUGGUUUCGCAAGGACGAGGCCAGCGGCAACUACCGUCUCCUAAAGGAAGGGUUCGAAAGCCUCACGAGGUGCAUCCGGGACGAGGCCGGCGGGCACGUGGACGGCGUCGUGGGGUUCAGCCAGGGCGGCGCCCUGGCGGCCAUGCUGGCCUCUGUCCUCGAGCACGUCGGCGAGGGCAAGCAGAGGCAGGCGCCGCCGAACGACGACACGUACGACUGGAGCUGGGUGCCGGCGCUGCGCGAGGCGAACGGCGGCAAGGCGCUCCGGUUCGCGGUGGUGUACAGCGGGUUCUUUGCGCCGCCGGCGGGCCUGAGCUGGCUUUAUGAGCCCAAGAUCAGGACGCCGACGCUGCAGUUCAUCGGGAGUCUGGAUACGGUUGUCGAGGAGGGCCGGAGCCGCGGGCUUGAGGAUCGGUCUGAGAACCCCGUGAUGGUUGUGCACCCAGGUGGGCAUUACGUCCCCGUAAACAAGCAGUGGGUGAUGCCGCUAGUGGGAUUUGUGCGGCAGUGUUGUGAGGAUGGCGAGGAUGACAGCUGA